AUGGCUUCGCUUAAUGAGGUCAAUGCCGAUGAGGCCAAGUCUCCUGGCACGCCUACUCCCUCCAAAGUCACUCGAAAGAGAUCUGCUGCGAAGCAAUCUUCGACCCCAAAGCUGCCUGAAGACAAAUCCUCUAUCACCCCCAAGAGGCCACGAACUCAGGAACGAGUAUCAAAACAGCCCUCGAGCUCUCAGACGCUUUCAGACCCCGUUACUCCGACCCCCACCAAGCGAGCAGCUAAGGGAACCCCAAAGAAGGCCACACGAAAGACUGCAGGGAGCGCGAUUUCACAGAGACUCUCCCGAGCUCAUACUGAGCGGAUGAUCAUAAUUGAUCACGCCAUCGUUGAAGAUACUGGGAAUGGUGCUCAAAUCUCAUUUGAUAUUGUUGGCAGUGUCGGCAAUAUCUACAAAGUAUGGAUAAAGGCCUCUCCAAGCUGCACUUGCCCGGACCACAUGUACCGACGCAACAGGUGCAAGCAUAUUGCAUACGUGAUGUUGAAUGCGCUCUCGGGCACCGAUGAACAGAUUGCUCAGCGCUUUUUCUACAGAGAAGAUCUCAAUCAUAUGCGUGGAUCGCCAGCAUUGAAACGAUUUGAAGCAGCCAAAGCAGCACAAAACCCACAGGGAACUCGCAGGCCCGUUGAAGGAGAAUGUGCCAUUUGCUUCAUGGGGAUGGAAGAGACGGAGGAAAUUGUCUGGUGCCAGUAUGGAUGUGGCAACAAUCUCCACGGCUUCUGCAUGAACAAGUGGUCAAAGUCUUCAGGGGGCAACGUCCGCUGUGUGUACUGGUAA